AAGUCACAAGUCACAACACAAAACCGUUGCCCCUUAUUCUAGGGUUUAAGCAACAGAGUAAAACCCUAAUUCCAAAUUCCCUAUCCUCCAACUUCAAUUUCUACCUCAAAUCAAACUCCAUUGCACAAAUUCAUCUUCUAGAAUGGGAUCGAAGAAGAAGAAAUCGAAUAACUCCGGUGCCGGAGAUUCCGCCGGCGGUAGCGAAAAUGGCAAGAAGAAGGAGAUUCAGAUGAUUGAAGAUCCUCGAUUUUCAAUGAUUCAUACUGAUCCCAGAUUCCAGAGGGUUCCGAAGAAAACGGAUAAGAUUGCAAUUGAUUCUCGGUUCAGUCAAAUCUUCACUGACAAGCUUUUUGCGGGAUCUUCUGCCAAGGUUGAUAAGCGAGGGAAACCUAAAAAGCAGUCGGAAAAUGGUUUAAGUCGAUUUUAUCACUUGGAGGAAGAUGAAGAAGAAAAGGAUGAAGUUAAGAAGAAGAAGAAGAGUGUUGUGAAGAAGGUGGAGGAUGAAAGUGAAGAAAAUAGCAGUGAUUCGUUGGCUUCGGAGUCGAGUGGCGAAUCGUCUGAGUCGGAAUUGGAGGGUGAUUCUGAGAGUGAUGAUGAUAGUUUGACGAGUGAUAGUGAUGAUGAUGAGGCGGGUGGUGUGGAUGUGUCGGAAGAUGAUGAGUCUGUUGAGGUGGAGAAUGUGCCUGUAAUUGACAGUGAAACGCAUAGGCUGGCAGUUGUUAAUAUGGAUUGGAAUCAAGUGAAGGCUGUUGACAUAUUUAUGAUGUUGAGAUCAUUCCUGCCUAAAGAAGGACAAAUUAAGUCCGUAACAGUCUAUCCUUCAGAAUUUGGACUCAAGCGUAUGGAAGAGGAAGCAGUUCGUGGUCCAGUUGCCUUGUUAGGGGAUGAGAAGAAGAAGUAUGAUGAGGGUACGGAAGAUGAAGACGAAGAUGAAGAUGAAGAUGAAAACAAAGAUGACGAUGACGAUGACGAUGAUGAUGAGAUAGAUACUGAAAAGCUGCGUGCUUAUGAAAAAAGUAGGCUAAGGUACUACUUUGCCGUAGUGGAAUGUGACUCUAUUGCUACUGCAGAUUACAUCUACAAAGCUUGUGAUGGGGUUGAGUUCGAAAGAUCAUCUAAUGUGCUGGACCUGAGAUUCAUACCCGAUUCUAUGGAAUUUCCUCAUCCACCGCGGGAUGUUGCAAAGGAGGCACCAGCUAAUUAUGAGGGUUUAGACUUUCAAACUCGGGCUUUGCAGCAAAGCAAUGUAACCCUUUCUUGGGAUGAUGAUGAACCGCAUCGUGUGAAGACACUGAGGCGAAAGUUCAAUGAUAACCAGCUUGCUGAAUUGGAAUUGAAAGAAUUUUUGGCUUCUGAUGAGAGUGAGAGUGAUAGUGAUGAGGAUGUGGAUGAGGACGUGAGUGAGGAUGAUGCAGAUUUAUCUGAUAAAGUAAUUAAAAAAGCCAGGAAAACGAAGAUGAAGGCAAAGAUGGCCAAAAAGGAUAUGUACCGUGCCUUGGUCCAGUCUGGAAAUGGUUCAGAGGAUGAUGAAGAUGAAGGCCAAGAUAUGGAGGUUACUUUCAACACUGGUCUAGAAGAUCUUAGUAAGAAAAUUCUUGAAAAGAAGGAUAAAGGUUCAGAAAGUGUUUGGGAAGCAUAUCUGAGAAAAAAGAAAGAGAAAAAGAAAGCUAGGAAAUACAGCUCGAAGAAUUCCUCUGAUGAUGACAGUGAUGAGAGUGAUCAAGAGCCUCUCGAACAGACAGAGGAUUUUUUUGUGGAAGAUCCUUCAACUGUUAAAAGCAAGAAGGUUAAGCAUGGUAAGAAAAAUAGGGAAGAGAAGAGACCUUUGGAAGAUGAAGAGACUGCAGCGACUACAGCAGAGCUGGAGCUAUUGCUUGCAGAUGAGAAGGGAACAGAUAAUAAUCUGAAGGGUUACAAAAUUAAACCUAAAAAGGGUAAGGGAAAGAAGGGUAAUGAGACUCCUGAUGAAGACAACUUACCAGCAGUUGACUAUGAUGACCCACGCUUUUCAGCACUCUUCACUAAUCCUGCAUUUUCUUUGGAUCCCACGGACCCUCAAUUCAAGAGGAGUGCAACUUAUUUUCGGCAAUUAGCUCAACGGCAGCACAAUGACCGAGAAGAGGAUACAGCAAUAGCGCCAGUGGAACUGUCAAGACCAAGUUCAAAUGGCUCCAGUAGGAAAGAAGAUGAUAAUUCUGAAGGUGCUUCCCGUAAAGAGAAGUUUGAGUUAUCCUCGAUGGUUAAAUCUAUCAAGAUGAAAUCUCAGCAGCUUCCUAAGCCAUCUAGUGAUAAAUUGAAAAAGGGUAAGACGGAACAUGGAUCAACCAUUAAGGAAAAGAAGCAUAAGCUAGAAGGAUUGGAUCACAAAAUGAAGAAAAAGGCCAGAUUGUAGAAUAGAAUGAACUCACUUCACCAAUACAAAAUUUUGAAAAUUUAUUUAUUUAUUUGAAUUACAGACUUAUUCUACUUUAUUUA